CUACAAUUAAAUACAUUUAUUGAGGAUGCAAGUUGGAACAACCACUGUUGAGAGCAACCCUAAUGCUAGCUACCUGGACAGCAGGUAUUUCUGGAUAGCUUAUACUGGAGCAGUGUGUUUCCUUCACCUCAUGUGUUCAUGUGUCCCCUCUAUUACAGCUACAACUGGCUGGCUCUGCACUAUUAACGUGCACAAUAUCGGGAAUUUUAUCGUGUUUCACUAUCUGAGAGGAUCUCCGUUUGGUUGCAGCGAUCAAGGAGAAAACAGACAGCUAACACAUUGGGAGCAGAUAAACCACGGGAAACAGUGGACAAACACAAGGAAAUUCCUUAUCAUCUUCCCCUGCAUAUUGUUUCUGAUGUGCCAGCACUACUGCGACUACUCUUCUGACGUACUGUUCCAAUCAAUACCUUCCUUCCUCUUACAGUUCAUACCUAAACAACCCUUCAUGCACGCCAAACGACUAUUUGGUAUUAACAAAUACUAAUUAAUUAAUCAAUUAGUUAAUUAAUAAAUUAGUUUUAAUUAGAUUCCAGCAAAGACAUUCCAGACAAUUCUAUUGUGACCCAUUAACCAAUGUUUUAUGGACACGUUCAUUUGAGUUUGAGAAUAUUGGUAAAUAUUAGUGGUCCUAUUAAAAGGCACAGUGUAGUGACUUUGUCACACUAUGAAAUUAUUUAAACCCUUUAUGGUUAGGAUAUUCGUCUCAUCACUAGGAUGGGUACAUAUGACCCUUACCUCGUAAACCGCUCGAUCCCUGCCCUUUAACCAAUGUUGUAUCAGAUUUGUUAGAUUGACUACUA